AUACGCACAUACAUGACAUUGGCAUGGAGAAGGUUCAGAUUGCAAGGUUGAUGCUACCCGAUGAUGCGAACACGGCGGGCAAUGUUCACGGAGGGACACUUCUUAAGAUGAUAGAGGAAGCAGGGGCAAUAAUAACCACACGAUUCUGCAACGAUGUACCCGAUAAGGAUUCCUUUGAUUUUGAACCAUCGGUUACGACACUUGCGAGGGUCGAACGCACGGAUUUCAUUAACCCAGUUCAUAUUGGCAAUGUCGUCCAGAUUGUCGCUGAAAUCACAUACGCAUCGUCACAUUCUUUAGAAUGUAGCGUCUCUGUAUGGGGAGAAGAUAUUCUAAAAGGUGUUCGAAAACUGACCAACCGAGCAGUGCUUUGGUUUGUACCAUGUUCAAUAAAUGAUCCAACCAAAAUAAUGACCGUCCCAGAAAUGCACUAUUCAAGUGAAGCUGAAAAAGAGGCGGGACUAAAGAGGUACAAUGAACAGAAGAAGGCACGGACUGGAGCCCUUAGACGAAACAAAACACUGACCAACAUGAAUGAUGACCCGUACAAUAAUAAUGAACAAAGAGAACCAGAGCCAUACAGUCCAAGAUUUGCUCGAUCUGUGCUGAUCCACAUGAUAGGUGUCUCUGACUGUACCCUACAAGGCUUUGCCCGAGGUGGUGUCAUCAUGAAGUUGAUGGAUGAAUGUGCGGGCUUAGUAGCCAAGCGACACUGCAGAACACCCGCCGUCACAGCCAGUUUAGAUGCAAUUAACUUUCACAAGAAGAUGCGACUAGGUCAGGUUGUUACUAUCGUUGGCCAGCCAUUGUUCACUAGCAACAAAAGCAUGGAAAUAGAGGUUCAGGUGACAGUAGAAAGCAUAACGGGAGGACAGAUUAACAAAGACCGAGCAUGUGAUGCCUUCUUCACAUUUGUGUCUCUUGAUAAGCAGGGAAAGCCACUACCCACACCUCAACUGAAGCUUCAAACUUUAGAGGAACAACAACUUUUCGAAGAGGGAAAAUUGAGAUACGAAGCAAGGAAAAAAUUGAGGAAAACGAAUCAAAAGUCGAGUGACACAACCAAGAAAUCAAAUAUUGACAAAAGUAAAUCAGCUACUUCUCAUCUUCAAAACGGCAUUGAUGUAGAUCCAACAGUCGGUGCACAAAGAGAGAAAAAUAAAGAACUAAAUAGCAAAGAAAUUUCCCCAAAGAAACCACCUUCGCCAUUAAGUUGUAACGUCGUUCAAUUAUGAGGAAGUGAGAAAAUAAAAGGGAAAUGCAAUAAGAUGUACUUUCAAAAACAUUAAAUAACAAGUGAUCAGACCGAAAUGAAUUCGCGGAAUUUUUACAGGACAAGAUGGAGCGGACAAGAGGGUAGGCUGUACAUCUAACGUAACAGUUUGAAUACCAAAGUUCACUUCACCUACCAUCUAAAUUGCAAAUUGUUUUUGGGUGUCCUCAUUUUUUGUAUUCUAACAAUCAUUCGCCCAUAAAUGUCUAUCUUUAUUCGGCCAUAAGGCUUAUUAUACAGAUGACCCCAAAAAUAUGUCUUCACUUUUGAAAUAAUUUUGUCAGUCAUGGUUGGUUUUUCUUGUGUCGAGGCGUGACUCAACGAUAAAGUAUUCAACUAUGGAGCAGACAGUGAAGUAGCAGUUACCGGUUAGUAAGCGACAUUGCUCUCUGUUGUUCAAAAUCCAAAAAUGCUGAUUUUAAAGUUUCGUCUUUCUUAAAGCAAGAUUGGCGAGAGAGUCAAACUAGCUGGUUAAGACAUACUGAAAUUAACUGAAGUGAUCUUACGCCACCUUGUUAAUUUGCAAUCGCGUAGUUUGUGAAUCAAAUCAUUCGGGGUCAGCCUGUAAAUGUGAAGUGUAGGUCCUUCUAGCCAUUGAUUCUUUUAAAUACUUAAUUGUAAGUAAAAAGGCGAUUUUAUUAUCACAUUUACAAUACAUAAAUAAGUCUUUAUUUCACUCUGAAAAUCAUAUCACACACUACACUGGACGUAUUUCU